GACGGACGGUGUUUAAAUGAAUGAAAAUGGAGGAGGAUUGCUUGCGGAGAUGAAUCUCUCUCUAUGGACAGUUCACAUGGGCAGCAAGAAGACCACACACACACACGCACACACACAGGAAAAGCCCUUUCUCUCGACUAUACAUGGCUCCCCGUCUCUCGGGCAGUUAGUGUGUAUCUGUGACAUUUCGGAGCGUUAAGCAGCACCGACCAUCGACCAUCCCAUCCACACAUCAGGCAGGCAGCGACCGGCCCGGCCCGCUGACUAUCCCGCUGCCUCCCCUCCCCCCAGCAGCACUGAGGCAAUGGUACACAGUAUCAGCACACCGGCCACAUCCGUCGCGGUAGCCAACGCUGGACUCGCACAGUUGCAUGGGUCAAGCCCUAUCCACUCCUGAACACACACCCGCACACGACACUAGCAUAUAGCGAUACAGACACAGUUGACCAUUCCUCUCACACUUAAUUACCAAUAUGAUAGGCGACAGGGUGCCCAGAAUAAUCGCCACCAGACAAGUCGCCCCCAUGGCCAGGCCAACCACAACUGCAGACGCUACGGUCGAUCCGGGCGUGAGGGCCACUCGCAUGAAGGCCGCACCGGCCAGCAAAACAGCCAUGACGCUGGCUAUUCUCAGCUCCCGCAACACCACUUUCCAUGCGUUGGCGUGAGUGAUCUCCCCGGUGGCCAGGCCCCUGAUGACGGUGGCUGAGGACUGGUUGCCCGCGUUGCCGGCAGUCCCCGUCAGCAUCGUCAGAAAGAGAGCGAUCACGAGGUUGCGCUCGAUCACACCCUGCACACACAACCUCGUGAGCAAAGGCCCAAUAAGGUCAAAACAGAGGGAGGCCAUCCUUGUCGUGUCUGUCCGCUUGCCUGGAAUUUGGUGAGGACGAUAGAUGACAGCGAUUGGAGGAAGAGCAGGCUGACGACCCAGCCAGCGCGGCUCUUGAUGUGCUCAAUCACGGGGGUGGCGAAGUAAGAAUCACCCACCUUCUCCAUGGUCUCGCUCGGGAAGAUACCCUCAAACCUACACAGAUUGACGCCAGGUGAAGGACGAGACGGUGCAUGCGACGGACACAGGGAGGCCACACACAGACUAGUGCCUGCGCACCUGAGGAGGUCUUCUGUGAGUUCGGCCUCCAUUUCGUUGAGCAGGUCGUUGGGCGAAAGGAUGCCCACCAGCUGACCCUUCUCAUCCACCAGAGGCGCCAUCGUCACAAAGCGCUGACGAAGCCGUUUCGAGGCCUCUUCUAAAUUCUCACUUAUCCUGACCAAGCAAGACAGGACAGAGAGCCCCUGUGACACGUGUUUCCGCGUCUGAGUCGGCAUGUGUUUCCACUAUUUACCUGACGACCUCUGUAGGUUUGAGGACGGUCUUGAGAGGUGUGUGGGGCGAGGCCAUGAGGAGGUCUCCCAUCGUGACGUAGCCCCUCAGCUCCCCCUCCUGCGUGACGUAUAUGCUGUCGGCCAACAGGUCAGACAGACUCGCCGGCGCCUCCUCUGCGCCGUCACCGCUGGGGGGCAUCUGCAGGUCGGCCACCGAGAUGCUCCGCACGAUAUUCAGACAGUCCUCGAUGGUCGUCACUGCAAACACACAAACAGCUUUGUGGGCCGUUGUUAACACAAUCAUACUGCUUGCGGCUUACGGGCGGUCUGGUUGUGUCGGUCUGUGAUAUGGAGGGGCAGCGUGAGGGCCCACUGGGUCUGACCCUUGACGCGCGGCACCACCUGAUAUCGCCCUGCCGCCUCAACAACGCCACCGAAGGGCACGUAGCCCUCGACGUGACCAUUCACAGGCGAUAAAUAGACGCCACUGCACACACAAAACACACAGCCCAGCAGUGAGUUGAGGCCGAGCAUCUUCUCACUGCCGUGUACCUGUCCCGAUUGACAAGGAGGGCGGCCGUGCUGUUUGCUGCAGCAGGGGCCGAGGGGAGAGGGAUGAGAGUGGAUGGCUCAUCGGCUUCUAUCAGCUGCGCCAGAGGGGAUAAGUGGCCAACCCGCCUCCCUCGCCGAACCAGCGACCUGCAGCCACACACAUAUUGACCGCUACAGAUGCCUGCCUGUGCGUACCAAAGUGACUUGAAAGACCUCCGGAGAAGCAUGCGCCACUGUUUUGCCUUGACGUCAGUGCCGCCCUCAUACACAUCUCGCUCAGCAAAUCUCUUCGCCGCCGACCAUUUUCUCCUGCGCGCAGCAAAGACGUGCCGGCCACACGAGGGAACAAGGAAAGUGCUCUGUUGAGCAGGGAGGAGCCUGAUGGCCGCGCCAUGAAUGAAAGGCAGCCAUGCAGCAAAGAUCCCGAUAGCGCCGCAAAGGGAGCUUCGGCCGACGCUUUUCCUGUGCUGUGGCGACAUAGAUGCCGCUGUUGGCG